AUGUCUCUUUCCCCAAACAGCAAUGCGCUGGCUCUGAAGCGGAAGCUACAGCAGCAAGCUGGUGCUCGCCACGAGCCGACAUCUAAACGCCAUAGUAUCUCAGGAUACGAUCCACAGGCUCCAUGGCUCUUUGAGUCCGGCAGGCCACUCAAGGGCUGGCGUAAUCUGGGUGACCCUGCCGUCUCUAACUCGUUGCCACUUGCCAACAUGGUUUCUGCGGUGCAGGAUCUAAUCGAUCCGGACUUCGAUCCUUUGACUGCCAUUUUGGAUGAAGAGCCGCGAUUUCUGAAACCGCUGCCGAACCGCAUCGCGCGAGAGGAUCUGGAGUUUUUGCGCUUUCGGGGCGCGUUGUCGAUCCCAGAGAGUGGGUUGCGCAAUGAGCUGUUACGGUCGUAUAUCCAGUGGGUUCACAGUUUUAUGCCUGUGCUUAACUUGCAAGAGCUUUUAAGAUGCGUGGCAGAGAACGACCCCGAUGGAAACAUCAGUGUUCUGCUGUUCCAGGCGGUAAUGUUUGUGGGGACAGCUUUUGUCGACAUCAAGCACCUGCAGGCUGCAGGAUAUUCCACGAGGAAAGAUGCACGCAAUGCGUUCUUCACACGAUUAAGACUUCUAUACUCCCUUGACUGCGAAGAAGACCGUAUCGUCAUCCUGCAAACCGUACUACUCAUGACAUAUUGGUCCGACCCCGAAAACAGCCUACAGCGGGAUAUUUGGGACUGGAUAGGAGUGUGUAAUACGCAGGCACAUUCUAUUGGAUUAAACAAAGAUCCAUCCACCGCUGAGAUCGAUCCCAGGCUCAAAAGACUGCGCAUUCGACUCUGGUGGUGUCUUUACUCCCGGGAUCGAUUGAUCGCCAUGGGAAUGCGACGCCCGUUACAGGUGAACGAGGGCACAAGCAGUGUUCCCAUGUUGAGACCAGAGGACUUUGAUUUUGAGCCUUUCUCCCGAUCUGCGAUCGGUCUUUUCCGCUGUCGACAGCUCGAGGACGCAUCACACCAAAAACGCCUGGCCACUAUGUUCAUUGAGAAGGUCAAGCUAUGCCAAUGCAUUGGACGAGUAAUAUUUGCGCAAUAUGCGCCGUCACAACGACAAUUUGGAGCAACAGACAGAACGACCGUUACGCUAGCUCCCCGACAGGCUUCGGAAUCGGAAUUUACUCGAUGCAGCCAGAAACUAGAUUCUUGGCUUACUGGCCUACCUAAAGAUGCACAGUUUAUUCCAGCAUCCAAGAGCAAUUUUCAGGAUGGUGAGGAUGUCCUACUUUUACACGGGGCUAUGCUCCGCCUAUUGUAUCAUGCGACCAGCAGCGCACUCCACAGGCCCUGGGCAGCCCACUCGAAAGACCAGUCGAAGUCUCGCACCGAGUGGCGUAAUGCAGCCCGCACGAAGAUGCAUGAAGCUGCUUCCGGCAUUACCCACAUUAUCCAAGGUCUUAACCAACUCAAUCUCACACGGUUUCUACCACAGUCUGGCGUGACAGUAAUCCUCCCAGCGGCCGUGGCACAUCUUUCAAACUCCGUGUCCGACAACCCAGCUAUCCGUGAGAGCAGCGCCCACAAUUUCCAACGUUGCAUCCACGUUUUGCACUGUUUAAAGGACAUGUACCCAGCCGCCAACGUUGAAUUCGCCAAUCUCGAAGCCGCUAUCAAGCUACAAUCAGGCAAUUACACCAACAACACAUUCUUCCAGAUCAUGCAAAACAACUUCAACACACCGACCAGCCCUGUCGAUUCAAUCAGGAAACAAAGUAACGCCGACUCAAUAUCUACACCUCGUUCCCUCCGUCAAGACAGCACAAAACCCGAUGUUCAAACCCCAGCAUCUUACAGAACGGCAUCUUUCCAUGAAGAAAACCAACCUCAGCAACGAAACCAAAACAUCCCUACAUCUGGCGAACCAUCACAAACCCCUGCUCAAGCUCACCGCCCAUUCCCCAACGACUUCGACGACCACUUCGCAGCCGAAAUAGCUCCAAACGACAGCAACCCCUACAACUAUCUCAAUAUCGAUUUCGACUUACCCGAUAUAGAAGAUACGACCACCCACACCACACAACCGAUGGAGAUCUCACCUCCGGCAGAAGACCUCGAUGCAUUGGAUUGGACAAAAGCUCUCUUUCAAGGAACAACCUUACCGGAACUUGAUAGGUUCAAAGCCUUCGAUCCACAGCGUCCUGCGCCGCAAAAUAUAUCUCAGAGUGAACUGGAGGAACAGGAUCUUUUUGCCUUUGCGCUUAAAGAUGAUGAUUAUGACAACGCAUUGGCGCAUCAAUCUGGUCAUGGCAAUAUUACGGGGGAUUUGGAUCGAGAUCUGGGAUUUCAGACUGAGGAUGAAAUGUUUUAG